AUGCGUGACAUCAGCUUCUCUGUCAAGGGUCGAGUUUACAAUGCUGCGGCGCGCUCCGCAUUACUAUAUGGACGCUGCGCGCCGAGGACGUCAAAAGACUUUCAGUGUUUGACCAUCGAUGCCUUCGGAGCAUUGCCCGAAUCUGGUGGGAACGCCGGAUCAGUAAUUCUGAGCGAAGGCCUUCUCUCAUUGAUUUGGUGCCCUCACCGCGAUUGGGAUGAUGAUCACGUGUCCACAAACUUUCAAGGAUUAGAUUGUUCAUACCUUCCUUUGGACUUUGAGGAGGAUGUAGAGGCUGCCGAAGUGGAUACGGUCCGGGGCUAUUUCCUGGCGCUGAAUGCCUUCUUCAGGGGCCAGAUAUAG